UGGCGGCAAAAGCAUUACCAGCACCAUAAUUAAACAUGAACGUGCUAUUGAAGCAUGAUGCAUGGGAGAUUAUAUAUAUUGGUGAAAUUCAGAGCCACAGGCUGUGUGUAAACUCUUUCGAUUUGCUGUGUACGUAACAUUGGGAAGCUAGCCACCAUGUGCGUGCGUUUUUGGAUCUUUUUUUUUUUGCAUUAAUAUUGUUAUCUUUUGUAGUUUCAUGCAUCGCCAGCUGCUGGAUUGUUAUGUUAUUCUGAAGACGACAAUGAUCAUAUAUACACCCUGUAAUAAGUUAUUACGACACAUGGCUGUAGCCUGUAGCCUGCUGUGAGGUCGUUCAUUCCCAUGUAGUAGUAGUAAGAACCUCCCACAUGAGGCCAUGAGCGACAAGUUUAAAAGGCCAGCACCAGCAGGGGGGUAGCUAGCAGAAGAAGCUACGCAGACAAGGCGGCUAGCGUACGUACGUAGCAAUGGCAGCGCGGCCUGUGGCAGCAACAGUGCUCCUGCUGUCCCUGCAACUGGCGUGGUGGUCCUCGUCGUACCCCGGCGUGCAGGUCCUUGCCGACGCCGCCGUGCUCGGUCGGAAGGCGGGGGGCCUCCUCCUCGCCAUGCGCGACGGCAACGACGACGACAACGACAACGACAACGACAAACCCGUGAUCAAUGCGGAGAGCAGUGUCAAUGCGGCGGCGGCUGGGCCGGGGAGGUACGCCGUGAUCUUCGACGCCGGCAGCACGGGGACCCGGAUGCACGUCUUCAGGUUCGACAACCACAUGGACCUGGUCGGGAUCGGCCACGGCAUCGAGUUCUUCGCCAAGGUGAAGCCUGGGCUGAGCUCAUACGCUGGUGAACCCCAGGAAGCCGCCAACUCCAUACUACCUCUCCUCAAGAAGGCCAAGAGGGUCGUCCCUUCCGAGCUAAUCGAGAAAACCCCUCUUAAGCUAGGAGCAACUGCUGGGCUGAGACUCAUCGGAGACGAACAGGCGGACAAGAUUCUUGAAGCGGUCAGGGAUCUCGUGCACACCAAAUCCAAGACGCAGUUCCAGUACAACCCUGACUGGAUCAACGUGAUCGAAGGGUACCAGGAAGGGUCAUACCUAUGGGUUGCCCUGAACUACCUGCUGGACAAGCUGGGAGUGGGGGACUACUCGCAGACGGUGGGGGUGGUGGACAUGGGAGGCGGGUCCCUGCAGAUGGCCUACGCCAUCUCCGCAAAAGACGCCGCCAAGGCUCCUAAAGCGCCGGACGCCGACGACCGCUACGUUACGAGGGAGUAUCUCAAAGGAAAAGACUACAACAUCUAUGCUCACAGCUACUUGCACUACGGCGCUUUUGCAGCUCGAGUGAAGAUUCUGGACGCGAAGAAGUAUGGGCAGUUCAGUUCCUGCAUGCUGCGUGGAUUCAAAGGUAACUACACAUACAAUGGGCAGCAGCACGACGCGACGGCUUCGCCUGAAGGAGCAGUGUAUGGAAAAUGCAGGGAGGAGGUAGCUAAGGCACUAAACCUGAGUGCCCCAUGCGUCAUUAGCUGCUGCGGCUGCUGCACCUUCAAUGGCGUGUGGAGCGGGGGCGGUGGGCCUGGCCUCGACACCCUCUACCUUGCAUCAAGCUUCCACUUUCUAGCCGCACAGGUUGGGAUGAUAGACGGGAAACUCCCCAGUGCAAAGUCGACCCCUUCUGCGUUCCGAGUCGCAGCGAAGAAGGCCUGCCAGAUGAGCGUCGAGGAAGCCAAGGCUGCGUACCCCGGUGUCCAGGACAUCCACGUGCCGUACCUGUGCAUGGAUCUCACUUACCAGUACACGCUGCUCGUCGACGGUUUCGGACUCAAGUCGAUCAAGAAGGUCACGCUGGUCUCCAAGGUGAAGCAUGGAGAGUACUACGUCCAGGCUGCGUGGCCUUUGGGCACCGCUAUCGAGGCAUUGUCACCCAAAAUGGGACACCGGCACCGCGCGCAUGGCUUCGAAUGAGAUAUAUGUUGCAAUAUGUUGCAGUGCUCAGUGACAAAUGGAGAGAACAGAGACAAAUGACAGGGAUUAUUUCUUUAUUGCAGACAGGGUAGUAUAUAUACAAGUGUUCCCAAUGGGUGUGUCCCUUGGGAAUAACUGUCAUAUGGAUGGAUUAGAUCACAUGUACAAAUAUUUUGUAACACUCCCCCUUGAUCAAUCAUAAUCCAUUUGAUCA